AUGGGUUGGAUCACUAUCAUCUUACUUACUCUGCUGGCAACAACAAAGUCAGAAAAUCAAACAUGCAGAGUGAUUGGGCAGACAGGGUUCAUGGAAUUUUCUAAAGAAGGUGAUCUUAUUAUAGGAGGAGUUUUCUCUAUGACUAGUACACGUACAGUGGUAGAUAAUGACUACCAGGCAAUUCCAUAUGCAUACUGCAAAAAGUGGAAUGACAGGGAAUUGAAGUUUGCUCGAACUUUAAUUUUCACGGUGGAGGAGAUCAAUAGAGAUACUAAGCUCCUCCCAGGAGUGAGUCUGGGCUACAGGCUCUACAAUGGCUGUGGGAGUGAAAACCUGAUACGAGCAGCUGUUGAGGCUGUAAAUGGAGAGGAUUCAAAGGGCUGCAAGAGUCAGAUCCAGGCUCUUUUAGGCCAUUCAUCCUCUGGAGUAAGUGAAGACAUAAACCACAUACUAAGCCCGCUAUCCAUUCCACAGGUAAGCUACCUUUCAACCUGUGCUUGUUUGAGUGACAAGAAACUUUACCCCACCUUCUUCAGAACUGUGCCAAGUGACCGCUUCCAAGUCAUAGGCCUGGUGCAGCUUAUGAAAUAUUUUGACUGGCGCUGGGUGGGGGUUAUUUAUUCAAUGGGAAGCAUGUACUCAGAGAGAGGUACAGCCGAAUUUGUAGAGGAAGCAAUUAAAGAGGGAAUAUGUGUUGAAUACAGAUUGCCUUACACAAAGACAUCUGAAAAGAAGAUUAAUACUAUUGUAGAGACAGUAAGGCAAUCCUCUUCAAAAGUAGUCCUGUUGUUCAUGUCCUUGUCUUACACCAAAUCAAUCUUGUCAAAAAUGGAGAAUUAUAACAUAACUGGAAAGCAGUGGAUUGGCACUGAGUCUUGGAUCACACAACAAGACCUGGCUUCUGUCAAGAGAAAGAGCAUUUUACAGGGAGCGAUGGGCUUUGCCCUCCCCCUGGCAUCCAUUCCAGGUCUCGGUGAAUUCUUACUCGACUUGAAACCAUCUGAUGAACCACAGAGUGCAAUAAUUAAAUCUUUCUGGGAGAAGUUUUUUGAUUGCAGCUUCUCUCCAUCAAACACCUCUACUAUGUGUACUGGCACAGAAGAUCUGAAGACAGUUUCUAGUGACUACACAGACGUGACAAAUUUCAGGGCUGAGAAUAAUGUGUACAAAGCUGUGUACUUGGUGGCAUAUGCCCUUCAAGCGCUACUGCAAUGUAAAGAUGGCUCAAAUCCCACCACAGGAAAGCCCUGUGUGAGCAAGAAUGAAGUUCAGCCUAAGCUAGUGUUGGAACAUAUUCAGUAUGUGAAUUUCACAACACAAAAUGGAGCCAAAGUGUCCUUUGAUGAAAAUGGAGACUCAGUUGCCCAGUAUGACUUAGUUAACUGGCAGAUGAAAGAAGAUGGCUCUGUUGAGAUUGUAAAUGUUGGUCGAUAUGAUACCUCUUUUCCAGAUGGGAAAAAAUUCAAACUUAAAGAUGACACCAAAAUAGUGUGGGGGGGGAACAGUGAUGAGGUGCCAAGGUCUGUCUGCAGAGAACCGUGCCCACCAGGGACUCGCAAGGCCAUAAACAAGCGUAAGCCUGUGUGCUGCUUCGACUGCUUUAAAUGCCCAGAGGGAACAAUAAGUAAUCAGACAAAUUCUCCAGACUGUUUGAUCUGUCCGCCUGAAUUUUGGCCAAAUGAAAAGAGAGAUCAGUGUCUUCCAAAACCUACUGAAUACCUUUCCUACAAAGAGAUCAUGGGGGCAAUUUUGACUGGAUUUAGCUGUGUUGGUGUAUUUUUAUCUCUUUUAACAUCAAUAAUAUUUUUGACUCAUAAAGAAACUCCAAUUGUAAAAGCCAACAACUCUGAGCUGAGCUUCUUGCUGCUCUUCUCAUUAAAACUGUGUUUCCUGUGUUCUCUGACCUUCAUAGGUCGGCCCACUGAGUGGUCCUGCAUGCUGCGCCACACAGCAUUCGGGAUCAUCUUUGUCCUUUGUAUUUCCUGUGUUCUUGGUAAAACUGUAGUAGUGUUAAUGGCCUUCAGAGCAACGCUUCCUGGCAGUAAUGUCAUGAAAUGGUUUGGGCCUCUUCAGCAGAGGCUCAGUGUUCUGAUUUUCACUCUCAUUCAGGUUCUGAUUUGUAUACUUUGGUUAAGUACCAACCCUCCAUUCCCAAAGAUGAAUAUGAAGUACUACAAAGAAAAGAUCAUCUUAGAGUGUGCGCUGGGGUCAGCUGUUGGAUUCUGGGCUGUGUUGGGUUAUAUAGGAAUUCUUGCUCUCUUGUGUUUUAUACUUGCUUUUCUUGCUAGGAAGCUGCCAGACAGCUUUAAUGAAGCCAAAUUGAUCACCUUCAGCAUGCUGAUAUUCUGUGCUGUCUGGAUCACAUUUAUCCCAGCGUAUGUCAGUUCUCCUGGGAAGUUCACUGUAGCUGUAGAGAUAUUUGCAAUUCUGUCCUCCAGUUUUGGUUUACUGAUAUGUAUAUUUGUUCCAAAAUGCUAUAUUAUUAUCUUCAAGCCAGAACGAAACUCAAAAAAACAUCUGAUGGGGAAAAUACCACCAAGAACUCUGUAA